AUGGAAGACUGCCUGGAGGAGGAUAAUAUUCCUGAAAUCACCAUAAAGAGGAGACCUCUUCUAUAUAUAAUCAACUUAAUUUUUCCAGUAUUUUGUUUCCUUGUGCUGGAUGUGGCAUCCUUUUUCAUAAAUGCAUCUGUAGGAGACAAGUUGAGUUUUAAAGUGACUUUACUGCUGUCCCUUUCCGUGUUACUGCAGAUUCUUAAUGACAGACUGGCAUCUUCUGUCAGUAAAAUCCCAUUAAUUGGGAUUUACUGCUGUUCAAUUUUUGUACUUAUUGCCUUAAGCAUUCUGGAGACCAUCUUUGUGAAUAUUCUGAUUGUUAAAGGAAAAGAGACCGAAUCAGCAACACCAAUGGAAACCACAGGUGUUGUAAGUGGUCAAGAUGGACACAGCACAGACAGUUUCGCCUUGCGUGGUAUAAGAGACCAUAUGGACACAGAUACCAGUGGAAAUGAAGACUCAACAUGUACCAGUGACACUGAAAAGAGGGCCUCACUGUGCUGGACCAGAGCAGCAAAAAUAAUAGAUGUGACCUAUAAUGUUCUUUACAUAAUCACUGUUAUUGUGCUUCUGUCCAUUCUUGGCAAACGUUGGUUUCUGUUGUAAUAACUCUUACACAUGAGUGCAUGCAAUACUAACUUUUUUUUGCAUUAAUUUGUAUUCAUGUUGUUUGUGGUGAGUUUAAAACGUUUUUAAAGUUUUUUUUCUGCUGUCAAUUAUUGUUUUUCUCUUGUAAACAACAGGAAUGCAUAGUUUAAUGUUUAAGAGAAUUUGUCCUUUUCUUUGGCAUAUAGUAGUAUCCAGUAAAGCAUUUGGUGUUGUUUAUUUAGUUUUAGACGAUACAAAAUCAUAUUUAUUCUUUUGUGUUUGUGGUGGU